AAACAGAAACAACGAGCGAGGGCUACCACGUGCUGUUCCCACAAUCUUCGAACGGUGCGUGCUCCUGUGAAAAGUAGUAUCCGCCCCCUGGACUGCAUCGCUCGAGCAUUUGACAUGGCUGAAGAGUCCAAGAAUGAUUUCGUCGAGGUGAAACGACGUCGAGCCUCGAAAAGGAAGUUCGAAAUGGAAGUCGACGAACAACCCGACGAAACCGGCAAAGCUGUCAUCGAUUACCCUCCCGCGAAGCAGGCGAACGUGGGACAAGCGUCAGUUCGCGAUAUCCGCAAGGUUCAAAUCCCGCCUCAUCGACGGACUCCUCUGAAAGAGAACUGGGCCAAAAUAUUUACGCCUCUGGUGGAGCAUCUUGCUCUUAUGGUUCGCUACGUUCCCAAAAAAUUCACCGUUGAGCUGAAGGCUUCGGCGAAAACCACCGAGAGUGGUGGUCUACAGCGAGGAGAGGAUUUCGUUCGAGCAUUCGCGCUCGGUUUCGAUGUUGAUGAUGCCUUGGCUUUGCUCAGGCUCGACGAGCUCUUCAUUGAGACCUUCCAGGUGGAGGACGUGAAAACUCUGAAGGGUGAUCAUCUUUCUCGAUGCAUCGGACGCCUGGCUGGUAAAGGAGGUCGGACAAAAUUCACCAUUGAGAACUCCACGAAGACUCGGAUUGUCCUUGCCGACAAUAAAAUCCAUAUCCUCGGUUCCUUCCAAAACAUACGUGCUGCGCGCACGGCGAUAUGCAAUCUCAUCCUCGGAAAACCUCCGAGUAAAGUUUACGGCAACAUGCGCUCCUUGGCUGCACGAGUUUCCCAGAGGCUGUGAUUUGCAUAGGUACUCGUCAAGAACUGUAAAUAAAUCGCUGUGUCCUA